AUGCCCCGGUCUCCACUUGUCAAAGGCGUAAAGUCUGCACACACUACGAGUACAGAGUUGGAAGAGGUCGGAAACGUGUCGCUGUUCCAAUCCCUAGUACUGUUCCUCAGACGCUUUGUCAGGUUUACGAGUUUUUUCUGCUCCUUACGUCUCCACACACAGACCUCCUCCUUCGCUCCAGUGGGUGUCAUUCCCCCCCCGAGCACCCCCAGUUGUAAUUCGAGCCGCUUCCUGGCUUCUGCCUUCCUCCGCCCAUCACACUGCAGCGCUGCUCUGUCCCGCGCUCAGAGGCCCCUGUCUGGGUACGGGCUACGGUCCGGGCUCAGCCUCAGAGGGGACACCGCUGUACGCACGCCUCCUAGCGGCCGAUGCAGUCGCAGAAUGUAA